AUGGCUUCCUGGUCCGAGAAAAAGUCACAAAACCGCACCCUGCAGAUUCUCGACGCUGCUACCAAGGGGCAAUAUGGCGUUCUCGGUGUCGUCAUCUACAACAUCGAGCAGCUUACUGCUGUAGUUAAAGCGGCCGAGGCAAAGAAAUCGCCCAUCCUGAUUCUGCUAUUCCCCUCAGCUGUGACGCAGCUCCCCACUCUCGCUUGGGCCGUAGCGGCAGCCAUCAAGUCAUCCAGCGUACCAAUCGCGUUGCACCUCGACCACGCCCAGGAUGAGAACCAGAUCAGAGAAAUUGCCGGCAACUUGCCGUUCGAUUCUAUCAUGGUCGACAUGAGUCACUACGAUCACGAAGAGAAUUUGGCCAAGACCAAGGUUCUUACCCGCGUCUGCCACGACCACGGCAUCGCGGUUGAGGCCGAGAGUGGACGCAUCAACGGCGGCGAGGAUGGUAUUGCGGACACCGGUGAUCUGGAGGCUCUUUUCACCAGCCCUGAGGAGGUGGAGGAUUUCAUCAAUGCCGAGAUCGACCUUUUGGCCCCCAGCAUCGGCAAUAUCCACGGCGACUAUGGCCCUAAAGGUCCCCAGCUGGACUAUGAGAGACUUGCUAAGGUCAACAAGCAAAUCGACAACCGCGUGUUGAUGGCACUGCACGGAACGAACGACUUCUCUCCUGAAAUCAUGAAGCGCUGCAUCGAAAACGGCGCGAUCAAGCUGAACGUGAACAAGCUGCUACUAGAGGCCUGGAACGUCCAUCUUAAGCAGAAUGUAAACAAGCCGUUUACGCAACUGAUUGAGGACGGCAUAGAGAUAUUGCAAAAGGAAACUGAAAAAUGGAUCGAUAUUUGUGGCAGUGGAGGCAAGGCGUAG